UCCCUUUAUUAUGGUUAGGUUAGGUUAAGAAAGUGAAAGUUGCCAUCAUCAUUUGUACUCAAUCUUAGCUGAUUACCAUUGUGUGCCAACAUGUACUACUGUAUUACACCAUAAAAUUUCCACUUGAAAACGUCAUUCCUGUAUGGAUAUCGCGUAAUCUUCUAGUCGUGCACCACCCAUCGUCCCAGACUCUUCAAAAUGGAUAAUCUUCCUUCUUUUCGUCCGGGCUCUGUUGUAGCUGCACCGACUUCCCAAGUGGAAUUAACAUUUUCUGCAAGGCUAUAAAUGUGUAAAAGAAAAUGUUUGCUGCCCAAGGAAAUGACAUGACUCAGUUGGGCGGUUUCGCGGCGGGAUUAUGCAAGGAAAUCGAAAUUAGCUUAGCUGGGAGGAAUCUGCCAGAUUUGGAUUAUUUGUCAAAAUCUGAUCCAAUGGUAGUGGUCUAUAUUCAACCCUUUGGGCACAAUCAGUGGCAAGAAUUUUCUCGAACUGAAGUAAUAGUAAACUCCAGGAAUCCUGACUUCACUAAGAAGAUAGUGAUGAUGUUCCGGUUUGAAGAACAACAGAAGCUCAAGUUUGAGAUCUAUGAUGUGGAUUCUACAAGCUCUGACUUGAGUAGACAUGAUUUUAUUGGCUGGGUUGAAAUUACGCUUGGAAACCUUGUCUCUCAGCAUGUUAUCCAAAAGAAGAUUGAAUAUCAUAACCCCAGGCUUAAUAGAGGGACACUAAUAGUUUCUGCAGAAGAGCUUUCCUCCAACAAAGAAGAAGUGGAAAUCCAACUAGUUGCUCAUGGAUUGGAUAAAAAAGACUUUUUUGGCAAAUCAGAUCCUUUUGUGAUCAUUUCAAAAUCAGUAGAAAGUGGAGGAUAUGUUGCAGUACACAAAACUGAAGUUAUCAAGACUACCCUGAAUCCUGUUUGGAAGUCAUUCACGAUCCCCGUGAGAAAUCUGAAUAAUGGAGAUUAUGAAAGAACACUCAAGUUGGAAUGCUGGGAUUGGAAUCGUAGUGGUUCCCAUAGCUUCAUCGGCGAAGCUUUCUUCAGUCUUCAGAAGCUUAUAGAAGGUCCUUUACCGAUGACACUUUUCUGUAUGAACCCGGAAAUGCAAAAGAAAAAGAAAAACUAUAAAAAUUCAGGAAGAUUUGAAUUCGUCCACUGUAAAAUUAAUCCAGUCUAUACUUUUCUGGAUUAUUUGCAAGGUGGUACAGAAAUCAAUUGCACAAUAGCCAUCGAUUUUACAGCGUCUAAUGGCGAUCCCAACACUCCAUCGUCACUGCAUUAUCUUGGUGGAGGUCCAACGCUUUAUGAACAGGCCCUGUCAGCUGUCGGCGAAAUAGUCGAGGAUUAUGACUCCGAUAAACAGUUCCCUGUAAUUGGUUUCGGUGCCCGCUUACCGCCGAUAGGCCGGGUUUCGCACGAAUUCCACGUGAACUUCAAUCCGACCAAUCCUUACUGUGACCGUGUACCCGGUAUCAUUGCAGCCUAUCGUUCCUGCCUUUCCCUUGUCCAACUGUAUGGUCCAACCAAUUUCGCUCCUUGCAUUCGACAUGUCACUAAAUUCGCUCAAGAGUAUCAAGAUGGAUCCCAUUAUUUCAUUCUCCUCAUCCUCACCGAUGGUAUCAUAACUGACAUGUAUGACACCAAGGAAGCCAUCGUUGAUGCGUCGAGCCUUCCGUUGUCCAUUAUCAUUGUUGGAAUAGGCAAUGCUGAUUUCACCGCGAUGGACGAAUUAGAUUCAGAUGCGACAGUUCUCACUGCGCCGUCGGGGCGAAAAGCCCAGCGAGACAUUGUGCAAUUUGUUCCAUUCAGCCAAUUUUUAAAUGCCAAUAUGAAUCCCGCGCUAGGCCGACUUCAUUUGGCACGUGAAAUCUUGCGCGAAAUUCCUGACCAAUUUAUAGGCUACAUGAAAAGUCGUAAAAUUAGUCCGAAACCACCGCGGUAUGACCUUUCUCGGUUACCGCCUGACCCUAACCUGUCCUAAAUCACUCUCUAAAAAUUCUCUUUAAGUGUCUUACGCUUGAUUUUCAAUACCUGUGUGAGUUUGAUGUACUAUACAAAAUGUGUGCAUGUUGUGAUUUACUAACACUAUUUUUACUUUCAAAGCCCAACCAUUUCAUUACUGUUUUGCUCAUUCUUUUCCCUAUCGUUCCAAACAUUUAAGUCCUUUACGCUAAAUGUUACUUUUGGGAGAAAAAAAUUUAAUUCUUCAAACGUUACGUGUGAAUAAACAAAUCAGCAUGAUCAA